AUGUCUGUUCAAAAUGAAUCCAGGUUUAUUGAGAAACGGUUUACACCGUUGAUUACAAGUUUGAAAUCAGUAGGAGAGCAGUAUUUGCUUAUUGGUACACACUCAAUAAAUGUAACUCAAUCAAGAAUUAGCAGUAUACUUGACUCUGGUGCAUCAUGCGUGGUGAUUCAUAGUGGUAAGAAUUCAGACCUGAAGCAAUUAUCUCAGAGGUUUUACGGUAAUAAUGAUGUGGUUCUUUUAGAUAGAGAGUUCCAGUUAUCCGAUUUGACAACUCUCGGCAGAGUUGCUGUAGGUAAGAUCGUUGACAGAGUCUUUGUGAACUUGGACUCAAAACAGUCUCUGUUGAUCAGAGAUAUCUUUGAGCAAUGUCAGAAGUUAAGAAUACCGAUUAAUACUCAUCAGAGACCAGAAUACUCUACGUUCUCGAUAUGUUCUACAUACAAUGAUCCAGGACAAAGCGGGUUGCAGAUCGCUAUCACCACUAAUGGGCAAGGUUGUUUACUGGCGAAUAGGAUCAAAAGAGAAAUUGUAUCAAGGCUACCGCAAAACAUUUCCAAAGUUGUAAGUAAUAUGGGACAUCUCAGAGAAAGAAUAAUAUACGAGGAUCAUAAUCAAAUUAUUCAUUCCCAUUUCUUAAACAAAGAUUUACAAGAUUUGGGGUUCGGAAUCGACGAAGAUGUUUGGGAGUCUCAUAAGUUGAAUAAACUUGUGUAUGAGUUCAACGUAAGUGAGAAACAGUUGAAAAUGAAGCGUAGUAGAUGGUUAUCGCAGAUUAUGGAAUAUUAUCCUUUGCAAUCGUUGGCUGAACUUUCUGUGGAUCAGUUGGCCGAUCAGUACCACAAAAUUUCUCAAGAAGAUAACUCUAAGGAGAAUGCUUCCAAAAAACAACGUAACACUCCAGAUAAGAAGGCUAGUAACGUAAAUGAUGCCGAUGUCCAAGUUUCAACCACUGCAAGCAGUAUAUUGGAUGUUCCCAAGAAAGGAUCGAUUUCACUAGUGGGCAGUGGUCCAGGAUCUGUAUCCAUGCUCACGAUUGGUGCCUUACAUGAGAUCAAAACUGCUGAUCUCAUUCUUGCAGAUAAGUUGGUUCCUGAAAAGGUACUACAGUUAAUACCACAAGGUACUGAGACCUUCAUCGCCAGAAAAUUCCCUGGUAAUGCGGAAAGGGCACAAGAAGAACUUUUAGAGAAGGGUUUUGACGGUUUGCAGAAAGGAUUGAAAGUAGUAAGAUUAAAACAGGGAGACCCAUAUAUAUUUGGACGUGGUGGCGAAGAGUUCCUCUUCUUCCAGGACAAAGGGUACACUCCGUUGGUGCUUCCAGGCUUAUCUUCCGCUCUUGCAGCUACAGUCGUGUCAAAUAUUCCUGCAACUCAACGUGACGUAGCAGAUCAAGUCUUAAUCUGCACAGGUACAGGCAGAAAGGGUGCAUUACCAAACAUCCCCGAAUAUGUGGAAACGAGGACUACCGUUUUCCUCAUGUCAUUGCACAGGGCACAAGUGUUGAUCGAUGCAUUGUUGGAGAAAGGAUGGGAUGAAAACGUUCCUGCGGCCAUAGUAGAAAGAGCCUCUUGUCCAGAUCAACGUAUCACAAGAACUUUACUGAAAAACAUACCACAAACAGUAGAGGAAAUUGGAUCAAGACCCCCAGGUCUAUUAGUUGUAGGAAAUGCCAUCAAUGUUCUAACCGAUCCAGAACUAUUGAAGUACGAUUCUUCAAACACAUACCAUAUUGAAGAAGGAUACGAACACGUUGGAUUCGAGGACAAUGUACAAAAACUAUUAAAUAUUUAA